AUGAAGAUUGCUGCUUUUAAUGCUAAAAACUUGGGAAUCAAGAAAGUUACAGACAGGAUGGUGGUCAAAUAUUUGGUCAUGAUUCUGAGUCGGUACAGUGUGGUGGUGGUCCUGGAGGUGAUGGACCAAAGCGGCGAGGCCAUGAAGAUGUUACUUGAGAAGCUAAACAGCCUCCGAGCUAACAAACGUCGGCCAUAUUUGAUGGUUUCCAGUUGCCCUUUGGGACGAGACAGCUACAAAGAACAAUUUGUCUGUUUUUACAGAGCGGGUGAGGUGUCUCUGACAGAAUCUUACCAAUAUGAAGAUGACCAGGCUGGAGACGCAGACGCUUUUGCCCGAGAACCUUUCAUCCUGCGCUUCAGCUGUCCAACAACAGUUGUAAAAGACCUAGUUCUGAUUCCAGUCCACACAAAACCAGACGAUUCUUUGAAGGAGCUGGAUGAGCUGCACGACGUGGUUCAAGUUGUGCUUAAGAACUGGGGAAGUGAUAACAUCAUGAUUUUAGGGGAUUUUAAUGCCGAUGGGCGUUAUCUCUCCAAAAAGAAACUGGAAACCAUCAGAAUCCGCUCCGAAUCAUACCAUUGGCUGAUCAAAGAUGAUGUUGAUACUACAAGCAGUAACCAUAACGACAACGCUUAUGACAGGAUAGUGGUGUAUGGGGAGAAAAUGCUCCGUGCUGUGGUUCCAGGUUCAGCUAAGACUUUCAACUUCCAAAAAGAGUUCAGACUAAAUGAUGACACUGCUCUUCGCAUCAGUGAUCAUUAUCCUGUGGAGGUGACGCUCAAAGCUGGUCCAAAAAGACGCCCUCUGCCUGUAAAGAGAAGCAUAACACUUAAAACGGGCAACAGCAAAGGAGGAAGAAAGAAGACGUCUGCUGCUGUCAAGAGAAAGAUGAGAGAGUCUACUGAGAAGGCCAACCCCGCUUUAAAACCAGGAGAGGACACCUGCGCCUCUCACACGGGACGUCCCACAACCUCGCUGCUCCAUCCCAGGCCAGAACCCAAACACAAGACUCCUACUUGUGUCGCCAUGAGUCUCAGCCGCACCAAGAGAAUCAGCUCCAGCGCGUCUGUCCGGACCAGCAGCAGCAGCAGGAGAGUCAGCGGCUAUGGCCCGUCCGCGGGAGGCUUCAGCGGGGUGUCCCUCAGCUCCAGCUCCCUGUACGCCAACGGGCACCACGGCCUGAACCAGCCGCUGGCCACACUGUCCGUCAACAAGAGCCUGCUGGCCCCCCUCAACCUGGAGAUAGACCCCAGCCUUUCCAUGAGCCGAGCCCACGAGAAGGAGCAGAUAAAAAGCCUCAAUAAUCGCUUUGCUUCCUUCAUUGACAAGGUGCGUUUCCUGGAGCAGCAGAACAAGAUGCUGGAGACCAAGCUGGAGCUGCUGCAGGGUCACGGCGUGAGCCGCUCCAACGUGGAGCCGCUGUUCGAGGCCUACAUGGCCGGACUGCGACGCCAGAUGGACCUGGUCAACAACGAUAAGAGCAAACUGGACGGGGAGCUGCGCAACAUGCAAGGGCUGGUGGAGGACUACAAACACAAAUAUGAGGAUGAGAUUAACAAAAGGAACAACAUGGAGAACGACUUUGUGAUCCUGAAGAAGGACGUGGACUCUGCCUAUCUGGUGAAGGCCGACCUGGAGGACAAAGUUGGAGCGCUUACUGACGAAAUCAACUUCCUGCGCAAUGUCUAUGAGGAGGAGCUGCGUGAGCUGCAGAGCAGCAUCAAAGACACCUCUGUGGUGGUGCAGAUGGACAACAGCCGCAGCCUCAACAUGGAGCAGAUCGUGGCUGAUGUCAAGGCGCAGUACGAGGACAUCGCUGCCCGGAGCAGAGAGGAGGCAGAGGCCUGGUACAAGACCAAGUUUGACCAGAUGUCGGUGCAGGCCAGUCAGUUUGGCGAUGAGCUGAGGAUUCUUAAGGGAGAGCUGGCCGAGGUGAGCCGUCUGAUCAGCCGCCUGCAGAGUGAGAUUGAAGCUGUCAAAGCACAGCGGAGUGGCCUGGAGAACCAACUGGCUGAGGCGGAGGAGCGAGGAGAGCUUGCGGUGAAAGAGGCCAAAGCCCGCACCAGGGACCUGGAGGACGCACUGCAGAGGGCCAAGCAGGACAUGGCCCGUCAGCUCCGCGAGUACCAGGACCUGAUGAACCUGAAGUUGGCUCUGGACAUUGAGAUUGCCACAUACAGGAAGCUUCUGGAAGGAGAGGAGGACAGACUGGGCCAACAGUCCAUCCUCAACAUCCAGUCCGUCUCCAACUACAGUCCCACUAAAAGCUCUAAUGGCUACAGCAGUCAGAGCAGCUCGCCUCUGCCCAAGCUGCUCAUAAAGACCACAGAAACCAGGGACAACAGCCGGUUCAGCUUCCAUUGA